AUGCCACACAUCCGCAACGGCUUAAGAGCUUAUUUCCCGCAGAGCGGUUCUAAUUCGGAGAGGAUUAACAAUAAGCCGGAGAGCCCUGGCGACCACGGCUCCGACCGAUCUGCCGUAGAUGAUGAGCUGAUAGCUAAUGUCGUGAUAUCGAUUGACAAAAUGGGCACUUUGAAGGAGGAUGCCAUCAGCAUGUCGCUAACUGAUCUACACAUCGAGAAACAGUACUCUUUUUGUGGCCUGUCGCUGCGUUGUGCUACACAGGUCUGUACGGCAGCACAGGCGGUGUUUUGUUUUGUCUUGGGGAUCUUCUACCGUAUCCUACUUGAACCCUCAGUAAUCGUAUCGAUUCUCUUCGGAAUUCAUAUGUUCUGCACUGUACUCUCGUUAACAUUCCUGGUAUUCUGCUUUCUAAAGCGGAAAUUUGGCACAUUCUAUGGGGGUUUAUUGCACGCCUAUCUGUUGAGCAUUUUGCUGAUGGCUUUGACGUCACUGUUUGCUGUUAUGUUCCUGCCGUUAGCGUUUUUACAGCAAUCUCACUCGUUUGGUGAG